AUGCUUAGUUGCAACGAAGAGAAUCACACUGCUCUUGGACGUGACGAAGAGAAUUACACCGCUCUUAGUCAUGUCAAAGAGAAUCACAGCGCACUUUGUCGCGACGAAUACAAUCACAGUGCCUUGGGUUACGACGAAAACAAUCACAGCUCUUUGAGUUGCAACGAAAAGUAUCACAGCGUACUCGAUUAUGACGAAAAGAAUCACAGCGCACUUAGUUGCGACGAAAACAAUCACAGCGUACUUGGUUAUGACGAAAACAAUCAAAGCGCUUUUGGUUACGACGAAAAGUAUCACAGCGUACUCAGUUAUGACGAAAAGAAUCACAGCGUACUUGAUUAUGACGAAAAGAAUCAGAGCGCACUUGGUUGCAACGAAAACAAUUACGGCGUACUUGGUUAUGAAGAAAAGAAUUACAUAGUACUUAAUUGUGACGAAAAGUAUCACAGCACGUGGUUGUGUCGAAAAAAAUAA